AUGAGUGAUCUACUGCCCAAUAGUAUGAGUUAUGGUGGUGACGUGACUUCACAAGCAGUGUCACAGGGCACGGAGCAGGAAAUAGUCCUUUAUUACAGCAGAUAUGCAUGGAGGAGAAGGAAAAUGCCGCCAGGUCCCUUCCCUCUGCCUAUUCUGGGGAACUUUCUACAACUUCAAUCCAAAGGAAUACUUCCAAGCUUAUUAAAGAUGGCAGAGAAAUAUGGUCCUAUCUAUACGAUACACUUUGGCUCCAGACCCACAGUCAUCGUGGUUGGAUAUCAAGCGGUCAAAGAAGUCCUAGUAGACCUUGGAGAUAUUUUUCUAGGACGAGGAACCAUUCCUGUUUUUGAGAAGUUUUACAACAAAAGUGGAAUGAAUCUUGUCAACGGAGAGCCUUGGAAACAGCUAAGACAAUUUUCCCUCCUGACUCUUAAGGACUUUGGGAUGGGCAGAAAGACACUGGAAGAACCUAUUCAGGUUGAGGCACAACACUUAGUUGAUUAUUUCAGAAGUUGUAACGGUAAGUAUGUCAACCCCAGCACUGUGCUGAGCUGUGCGUCUUCCAAUAUCAUUGCUGAUUUGCUGGUGGGGAAACGUUACGAGUACACUGAUGAUAAAUGGAUGAAAAUUCUGCAGGACAUGAGGGACUCAUUUGAAAUAAUUUCUUCUAUAUGGGGUCAGCUGUAUGACAUGUACCCCAGUAUCAUGCAGUAUUUACCUGGACCACACCAAAAAAUGUUUGACCUUUUACAAGACCUAAAACAAAUUGUGAAGGACAGCAUCAAGAACCAUCAAGACACUCUGGACCCAGCCUGUCCCCGAGAUUACAUCGACUGUUUCCUCAUCAGGAUGGAACAAGAAAAACUGGAUUCCAAAACUUCUUUUCAUGCAAAGCACUUGCUGUCCACAGUGUUUGACAUGUUCCUUGGAGGAGCAGAGACCACAUCAAUUACAUUAAGUUUUGGAGUCUUGUAUUUUAUAAAGUAUCCAGAGAUACAAGAUAAACUUCAUGAGGAAAUUGAUAAGGUAAUUGGUCGAACACGAGACCCGAGAGUGGAAGACAGGAACCAGAUGCCAUAUAUGAAUGCCAUCAUACAUGAGAUUCAAAGAAUUAGUGAUGUAUUACCUAUGGGAUGUAUCAGAUCAGCCAUGGCCGAUGUGACCCUCCGUGGAUAUAACCUCCCCAAGGGCACAGACAUUUUACCAGUGCUGACGACAGUUUUACAUGACCCAUCACAGUUUGAAACUCCAGGAGAAUUUAAUGUCAAACAUUUUUUGGAUGAGAAUGGAAAGUUUAAGAAAAAUAAUGGAUUCAUGCCAUUUGCUGCAGGAAAGAGAUCGUGCAUUGGAGAAAGUUUGGUGCGCAUGGAGGUUUUCCUCUUUUUCACCACGCUUCUGCAAAAAUUCACACUGAAGUCUCCCGUGGAUCCUAAAACUCUCGACAUUACUCCUACGGAAACCGGCUUAGAAAACAUCCCACCAAAUUACAACGUCAUCUUUCUACCCCGAGAGUAG